UUUUGAACAGCCAGACCUUUGGACCCUUGUAACUCCUCCAGGUCAGGGACACAAAUUAGACUUGCGGGCUUUACCUAUAGCUGGCUUUGUGGGAUGGAGGGAAGGUUUUGUGUAAGACCUUUUCCAAGAGCUCACCAGAUUGUGUCAUAGCUUGCCUCCAGGGCCCCGCCCACAGCUACUUUAAAGGUCACUGGCACCCUCCAGCCACCAGUCUUCCUGGCGGCAGGUGCCUUGUGGUUUCAGCAUGGUGCUGCCCUGGGCCCUCGCCGUCCUGAGCCUCAUUCCUCUGCUGGACGCCCAGAGUCCGGCGUGCGCCAACUUGACGGCGGUGGUGCCCAUCACCAAUGCCACCCUGGACAGGCUCUCUGGCAAGUGGUUUUAUAUCGGCUCAGCCUUCCGAAACCCCGAGUACAACGAGUCGGCUAGAUCGAUCCAGGCAGCUUUCUUUUACUUUGAGCCCAAGCACGCGGAGGACAAGAUAAUUCUCAGAGAGUACCAGACCACUGGGAACAAGUGCGUCUACAACUCCAGCUCCGUGACGGUCUAUCGCAAGAAUGGGACCUUGUCUACAUACGAGUCGGGUAAAGAACACUUUGCUGACCUGCUGCUCACCAAGCACCCCAAGACCUUCAUUCUUUCUGCCUCCUGGAACGGCAAGAAGAACGUGGGCAUGUCCUUCUAUGCCGACAAGCCAGAGGUGACCCAGGAGCAGAAGAAAGAGUUCCUUGAUACCAUCAAGUGCAUAGGCAUUCACGAGUCAGAAAUCACAUACAGCGAUGAGAAAAAGGAUCUGUGCGGACCACUGCAUAUGCAGCACGAGGAGGAAAGGAAGAAGGAAGAGGAAGGGUCCUAGCAUUGGGUUAGGACCUUGGGGACUCUGCGGGCCCAUCCUCAGCCUCCGGCUCACCCUUCGUAUCUCAGCUCUUUCCCUCAGUUGCAUCAAUAAAGCGUCUGUUGUGGUACAGUCAGGUUGUCAU